AUGAUGCGUGGUGCUGGCGGAGCGCUGGCCGUGGCCGUCGCCGCGUUGCUAGUCUGCUGCAGUGCAGAUCCUCAUCAGGAGCAGGAUGUAAGUGGUAACGACCACUCCGCGGAGCGCUACGAUGCCGCCGGUCACAAGACUCGUACCCUGGACGACGGCAACUUAGUAAGAGAAGUCCGAGAGAUCCGCCACUCUGGAUAUGUGCCAUACCUCCUCUCUAGACGAUUUGACUUCGCCAGUCCGUAUGGAAGCAAACGUGAGCCCUGGGCGCUUGCACCGAUCGAGUUCAGAGGGUACUACGGAGAUGGCCUUCCUAAGCGUAAUUUCGACGAGAUCGACCGAUCCGGCCUGGACACGUUCGUGAAGAAGCGCAACUUCGACGAGAUCGACCGUUCAUCAAUGCCGUUCCCCUACGCGACCAAACGCUUCUACCAUCUGUACGGAACCAAUGACAUUGAUACCCCCGUUUCAAGCUUCGACAAGAAGAGGUACAGACCUGACUACCCCAUGGACGAGAUUGACCUGUCACACUUCCCCAUCGGUUCCAAGAGGUCUCAAGACGACUACCCCCUCGUUCCCCGCAAUUUACUGUAA